CACAAAAAUGCUUGUCUCACGCGUUGAUCGAACCCGCGACGUACCUACUCCUUAAUUUACGUAUUUGUAAAUUAAGGAUUUAGGUAAUCACACCCUUAUAAACUGAACUUAUUGUCUAAUUUCAAUACCUACAUAAGUUCAUUAUAUAGAUGCACUAAACAAACAAAAACAAUUCUAAUAUAAUUGGACGCGGAUACAGACAUUACUUUUCACCGAGUUUGACAGAUAAGAUAACACACCAGUCCUGGUGGGCUACGGGUAUAUAAUCAGAACAUGUUUACUAAUAUAAUACUCCACAGUUGUUCUCGUGACAUUAACUAAACUGACCGUGAUACAGUGUGAGUUACUAUUUCAACUAUUUGUUUUUCUUCACAUUGACUAAUGUUUUCGAAGAUAGUACUUUUUAUAGUCUGAAGAUGGCCCCCGUCAUAACUCAACUGCCGAUCGAGGCUCUGACCCUGGGCGAGGCUCCGCACUGGCACAGCGAGGACAACGCGCUGUACCUGGUCAGCAUCAGCGACCGCACCAUCCAUAAGUACGAGCCGGACACUGGCAAACAUGUCAAGGCGACGCUAGAGCUGGAGCCCCAUUUCAUUCUACCUGUUGAGGGAAAGAAAAGCCACUUCCUGAUCACUCAAGGCCGUAAAGUGGUGGAGAUCGAGUGGUCCGGGGACGAGAGCCCUCCCAAGAUUCUGAGAACUGUCACAGAAGUGGACCAUGAACACCCGACAAACGUGCUCAACGAUGGGAAAGCGGAUCCCCGCGGGAGGUUGGUUACUGGUAAGUUGGAUAUGCCAGCUUGUUAUUUUCCCUUUAACCCUAAAGGAAAACUUUUGGCUGAAGACUAA